CUCUGCCAUCUUUGAAACCGCGACGACUGGGCGAAGUGGAAGAAUCGUUUUCUAAAUCGGAGUAAGCCGUUACUUUUAGUUUUUCAUUUACUUAUUUGCUUGGCAAUCAGUUCCGGAAACGAUGACCGUCACAGUGCGAUUGGUUUCACGAGCCAUAUCGUGAAUGCGAUAUAGUUCGGCGCAAACAAAUUUGUGGGAAAAGCCGUGACUAGGAAAUCGCCAGCCUCUUCUUCCUGGCUGUCAAAUCGGUUACUUUUCGUCUGUUCACUGUGUUGCCUCCCAUACAUUCUCGUGAUUGUGUGUAUGUAUACGGUCGUUAAACUUGUCGAGCCAGGUGUGCGUGUGCUUGGUACACUUUCGGAGAUCGCGCGCGUGGGUACAAACGUAAACAAGAGUGCAUUUGGAAACAUUGUGUUUGUUUGUUUUCAUACUGCUUGCGCGCUCAGUGUGGCUGUGUGCUCGUAAACAAUUUCCGAUUCGGAGUUCUGGGCGCACUUUUGCUCGGAGUCAUCUCUCGGAAUUAAGUGACGGGAAAUUGCUGUGCCGACUGGGAUAAUCAAUGGUGGAAACAUAAUCGCGUGGAUGCUGACUGCAUCAUUUCAGAAGUUGGGAUUGUUAUCAUUACUUCGCGGGUAUUUAUGAAGGACUAGUUACAAUAUUUUACGAUUGGGCAGAUAACGACGAAAUUCUCCACUAUAAUGGAUUUCAAGCAACAGAACGGCCAACCACAAUUUCCUCGGAGUAGCUCCCGUCUGAAACAUCAAUCGUCCACAGCAUCCAACAUUUCGUCAUCAUCAUCUGCAGUCGCACCACAGAAGAUCUCACUGCGAAGGCGUUGUCACAGUGAAAGUCUUCCCAUGGCUCCAAUGCAUGAAACUAGAAGCGGAAAAUCACGCCUGCAUCACCACCAUCAGCUCAAAUCGAAAGGAGAAAACACUUCCCUCCUGAUUGAGUCGUUUAGUUUGCAGGGCAAUUGCCGGAAGCCACUUCCGUCAAUUGGGAAUAACGAUUUGCUGCCCCAUAUUUCGGGUAAGAGUGCAAAAGAAAACGUAAUGCACAAUGGCCAUGGUCGAUUCGAUGGGGGUGUCAAUGCGAAAGAUGUAUACAUGAACGAUCUUGAUGCAUAUCGGAGAGAUCGCCGAAAUGGUUAUUACAUUGCCAGUGAUCGACAGCUCGAAUCACGCUUCGCUCGCAAUCUGGAAAGUUCAUUCAACCCACGGAACACGAUUUUUGAUAGGAGCAACAGGAAGUUGAGGCCCCGCAGUGAAUCGGAACCCCACGACAUUUACACCAGUUCGGCGACGAUCACAUCGACUGUGAGCGGAGGACGAACGACCCCUACUUGGAGCAAUCGGGAGUAUAUGCGUGAUAUUUCCCUCAAAAGAACUCGUGACACUAUAUCUCCUACGCUGGAAGCUGAUGAAGCACUAGAGAGCAUUCCUGUACCUAUCGUUCUGAAAGAUUCCCCUCCCUCAAAAAUGCUGAACGCUACUGACGCCACCAGCCUUGACGAAGGAGUUAGUAAAUCUGUCCUUCAGCACCGCAUGAGACUCACCGCGACCACCAAUGGCUUGCGUGCGGCGAAGACGGUUCGCAAUCGUACGGGAACCGCGGUAAACAAAUAUAAAUCCAGUCUGAAAUCCGCUCCCACGACGGUAUCCGCCAUAGUUGCAUCUGGAGGAGUUGUUUCCAAUAUGGUUGGCCGCAAAUCUGUGUCACCGACGUUGCUCAAACCAAUGGCAGGUUCUACCUCACCGACUCCGUCCGGCGUAUCGACAGGAACUAGCGGUGGCGAGUCGGUACACACCCAAGACUUGGAUACGGAAACAAUCGGUCACUCGGAUGUCGGGGACGAAGACGAUCUGGACGAUGAGUGUAAUGGUGAAGAUGAUGACCUGGACGACGAGCUCGGUGAUGAUGAAGAGGUGUUGAAUGGAUCCAUUACCGAUUCGGAGGAUAACUAUCAAACUCACUUAGCGGCAUAUCAAUCGAGAGCGAAAUCCACUUCGCCCUCACCUCUACUGGCAAAAGGGCCGGUAACCUCGAUAGGAUGUGUGCUGGGAGGUUCUCCGCCAGAAGGACCGCUUGCGCCCAGUCUGUUCGCCAAUGUGCCACCAUAUAUUAACUUCUCAACGUAUGAGAAGAAAGGACCUCCAAUGCCACCUGCCGUACACAAAGCGCUCAAGUGGAAAAUGACACUGAUUACGCCGAUUAUUGUACGUAAAGUGUUGUUGAACAGUGGAUUCAGAUUAUUGAAAAAAACGAACGAUUGGAUUGGCACCUGGGGGAAGCACAUGAAGAGCCCUUGCUUCAAGACACUUCGUCCUUAUCAAAAAUUCAAUCAUCUGCCUGGCAGUUUCCAGAUCGGACGGAAGGAUCGUGUUUGGCGUAAUCUCCAAACGCAAAUGAAUCGCCACGGAAAAAAAGAGUUUGGUUUCAUGCCCCGAACCUACAUCAUACCUCAGGAUUUAAAACUGCUUCGCCAAAUGUGGCCCCGACAUAGUCAAAGAAAUUGUAAAUGGAUCAUUAAGCCACCCGCAUCGGCGAGAGGCACCGGCAUUAAAGUGGUGAAUCGGUGGUCGCAAAUCCCCAAGCGGAAACCAUUAAUUGUACAGCGCUAUGUUGAUAGGCCUCUGCUCAUCAACGGAAGCAAGUUCGAUUUGCGGCUAUACGUACUAGUGACCUCUAUUAAUCCACUUAGGGUUUACAUGCAUACCGAUGGAUUGGCGCGGUUUGCUUCAGUCAAAUACAGCGAGAAAUCGGAUACACUUAGCGAUCGUUAUAUGCAUUUAACCAACUAUAGUAUUAACAAACUAUCCAACAACUAUAGCGCCAACGAAGAUGCAGAUGCCUGCCAAGGUCACAAGUGGACGAUAAAAUCGCUGUGGUCGUACUUCGCGGAUCAAGGGAUUGACACCGAUCGGUUAUGGGGAGCUUUAAGGAACCUAGUCCUGCGUACGAUUUUAGCCGGAGAAGGGCCCAUUCAUGCCAUGUCGAAGUUAAACGUUGCUAGCAGGUACAAUUGCUACGAACUGUUUGGCAUCGAUGUGUUGCUGGAUUCGGAACUAGUCCCAUGGUUGCUUGAAGUGAACAUUUCACCAUCACUGCACUCCGCAUCGACACUAGACGCUCACGUGAAGGGACCUCUCGUGAAAGCAUUGUUGAACACGGUUAUGUAUCAGGUUCCGCCAAGGAUACCUCAGGCUGAGCAGAAGGAAAUACUCGCGGAACAUGGUCUCGAAGCUCCGCUUUGCUUUGACAAACGGAUAUACGUGAGUGCCCUAUCAAAACCCGAAAGACUGAAACACAAUCAGUUUAUUCAGAAGGAAAUGAUGAGAGAAGAUUAUCUGAACACAAUACUGGAGGAGCUCACACCCGAUGAUAUUCGUUGUUUAUUGUUAACCGAGGAUGAACUUGCCAGAAGUGCUCCUCUAGAGCGUAUCCUGCCGGCUCCCAACAGCCAUCGAUAUAUUGGAUUCACCGAACAUCCCCGAUACUACAACCGGUUAUUGGAUGCGUGGGAAAACCGUUACUGUCACAGUCGGGCCGAAGGAAUCGCUCUGCUCCAAUCGUUUUGCGAACAGAAGAUCCAUCUACAGGUACCGCCAAGUACGCUGAAAAAGGACUUCAGCAGUAAACCAUCUGUCAGUACAAAUUGCGAGAGUGGCUCCCAGGACAGCGGGAUCCAGUCGGAUCCGUCCAACUCCGAACUCCAAUCACAGGGGUCCUGCUCCGCCUUCCAAUCGCAGGAAUCGAUCGAUCAGAUUCCGGAACUUAUCCCAGAGAAUACUGUUACUGCUACUACUACCACGACAACGUCCGAAAUUACGUCCGCGACGAUGGGCUCGAUGGGGCUGGUGGCCAAACAACACCAAUUGGAGACUGAUGACGAUGAUGACAAUAUGCGGCUGGGUGACAGAAUCAAGCUGAUUCUGAACGAUGCGUUUCUGCUGAAACAGCAACAUUGCGGCAGUGAUACGGAGAAUGCCAUCAUAAUACAUCAGUAGUAUGAGUAAUCUUAGAUACAAUUUAUUUAACCGUAGUUGCGUGAAUCCGUUUGGGCAAAGGGAGGCAUCAUACGCUUUCCCGAACGAAACUUUUCUACUGUCGUCCAGUUUUUUUUUUUCGGUGAGACUUAGUGCUUAGCGGGUUUGUGUUGUAAAGACUGAUGCGAUGUGUUCUCUGGAGAUAAAACGGAGUAGAACAGGUGUGUUAAUAAACGUAAAACUAAAAGUAUAAAUUCACUAGGGCACUUACGUAUGCGGAUUGAGCACAUGAAUCAACAACAACGAGAUGAUUUGUAGUAAUCGAUCAAUCGGUGUUAACAGGACCCUGAGUAAAAUUUAGAAAUUGUGUUCCCAAUGCAGAAAUGUGGACGACUUGAAAUGCUGGAAAAAGCAUCAACACAAUGAUUUGAAAAAACACAUUUGAAAAUACUCCGUAUGUAUGUUAAGAAGAAAGAAUAGGAAUCACAAAUUGGAAUACAGUCGGCCGCGUGAGAUCUGUGGAUCAUGUAGUAGUAAAACGAACAAUGUGUAUAUCACGACGAGCCAAGAAGGAUAAAGAUUCUUCAUUUUCAGAGUCAUCUCAUUUCUAUAAUUUUUAAAUUAUUGCUGAAAACACUUUGAGAUGUUUUGUUCGGCAUCAACAACGUGUUAGGAGCAGUAGUGUAACGACGUGGAGCAUACGUUUAAUUGUAUAGAAAAUAGAAACGAAAAAAAUAUUAAAUUCAAUAAAAAUUGUUUAAUGAAUUA